ACGCUCACCACGGUCAUACUGCGCGUUAUAGGUUGAAGAAAUCGGAUUAUAUUCCGAAUUGCUUUACAGAUUUACCGACAAAUUCAGAUCGAAAAUGCCUGCGGUUGUGCGUAUAAAGCGGCGAAUUGACGAAGAACCGCACACGGCCUUUGUGCUAAAUGGCAAGCGGCGACGCCUUCACAACGAUGAGAGCGCUGUGGACGAGGCUGGUGCAGUGGCAUCAGUGGACAAGGACGAGCUGACCACCGUGCUCAAGUUUGCCGGCACGCUCGAGAAGCAGGACGACUGCGCCACUCGACAAUUUGCUGCUGCCAGACUGAACAAAGCCAGUGCCCAUGAGUUGGUACAAAGGCAACGAUCUACUGAUGCAACUAUUGCAACAGCAUUGCGGCGGGAGCGGCAGCGUCAAAAAGCACAGCAAAAUGCUCGAGAGGAAAGAUUCAGAGUGGUCAACUGCCUUCGCAGUACCUACGAGGAUGACGCCACGGCAAUAGCCAACCCCGAAGGCCAAAAUCAAGAAACCCAGCCCAGUCAAAGUCACAUAACCAUUGUGGACAUUGAAUCCCAGUCCCAACAACUACAUCGUUCCGAAAACGAGAAUUCGACAAACCCAGAGGAGCCGCACUCAGAGGCAGCCGUAGAUCAGCAACCAGCCGACUCGGAUAUUGGCUAUGUUUACGAUCUUUAUGUGCCAGAGAACGAGAUGCAGGCCGCUUAUGUGGAUAUGAUGGACGACAACUAUCUAAGGUUACAUUAUCCGUUUAAUUACUACAACAACUGCUACUGGUAAGCACAGCACACAUCAGCUAUAGACAAAAGUGAGAGGGCAAAGAGAGAGAGAGAGUGGUACUGAGCCCGGGAAAGAACGAUGUGUGAUGAUGCCUCUGAACAAACAAUCCAUCAACGACAAUAAGGACUGCAACUGGCAACACUUUACCAAACAAACCAUAAUUGUGUGUAUUAGACAAAUGCCGCUUAUUACUUGAGUUACUUCCAUGAUAGUUCAAUGGCGUGAUCAAAUCCAAGAACGCAAAAUGAUUCCUUAUUUUAGUAGCAUUAAAGAAAUGCAUCAAAAAUAUUGUGCUUAUAGAAAAGUUUCUAAUUUUAAGUAAAUGGUCUAAUGUGUAAAAAAUUGUUCGCAGCUAAGAAAUUUCAUUUUAUAAUUUUCUAUAAAAUAUCAAAAAUUUGCCAGCAAUUACAAAAUGUACUAAUGUUCGGCGUGCCAAAGUUUUCAAUUAGAUUAUUUUGAAAAAUACAAUCUGUUUUUGUAAUUGCAUUAUUUGUGACAACCACAUAAUCCUAAGUUUAUAGAUUUAAUUAGCUAUUAAAAUACAUAGUAAGGUAGAGACCCAAGCACACACAAACACACACCACGCAUAUUCUAAACCAGGCUUCUUAUUACGUUUUAUUUUUGUCAGUUUUUAGUUCUCUUUGUUUUCGUAAACAAAAUACAGAAAGUAAUAGUGCUAAAGUCAAAGUUCUUAGUUAUACAUUAUUGGGGUAUUUUGGUGCCCGAAAUCGAAAAUAAAUUGAAUAAAGAAAUCGCCCAAUAUAUACACGACAAA